UGAGUACAAGGAACAAGUGAUCAUUUGAAUUUUCACUUGUGAAAAAGCAGACAUCCCAUACAAUUGUCUAUAUGGAGUGUCUCUUGAUCUUCACUCGUGUAAGCUGACAUGUCCCGCGGUAUUCACAAGGUCAUUCACACUGAAGGUUAUGAACUGACAUUCCUAAAGCUAGUACUCACAUCGACAAAAACCGCGAGCUAACCAUAGGAGUGAGCAAAAGGCAAAUACGCGGCUAAAGCUUUUCGUCGGGUCUGUUUUGGAAAUGGAAAGAAAACCAAAAAACGACUGCAGGAGUUCAGUGCAAAUAUAAAAGGACGACUAUUUUAUGCUGUUGUAUAUUAUUGUGGGACUUCACCGACAGGAAGCAAUACCACAACAAAGCAAAUCCGCAAAAUAGCUGAAGUGCUGGACGAGAACCACUAGUAAAUCCCAGUGGGAAGGAACAUGCCGAGUGGGACUUCGCUUGCUUCAUCGACAUCCUGCCGGGCGUGUACUCGCAAAGAAACAGAACCGUCAGAACGAUCUCCGACGAGCUCUAUAAUGGCGAACCAAAGGAGUCCACCAGAUACUUGGAAGCUAAAGCGGAGAUGGAGGAAGCGCUGGGAGAAGGAAAAAAGGGAGCUCGCUAAGGGACAGCUGGAGGUGCCAUUGUCAUGUCGCUGGGCGACUUCCUGCACCAUCAGGCGGAACAAUCCCGCUCCCAAUUCGGCUCCCACUUCCAACGUCCAAUGCCUGUUGAGAUUCGGAGCUGCACUACAGAUGGCGCGGGAAAGCAUCCGUGGGACGAGCCCCUCUAUACAUAUUUAUGUAUAUAUACAAAUUCCGAAAAAUGUGAAAUGACUUGAAUUAAGUUACUGUAACAAAAACAAAAUAAUUUCAUUUUAUCUGGUGGGUAUACAUACAUAUAUAUAUAAAUUAUAUGAAUAUGAAUAUGAACAAAAAUUUUAUUUGGAAUGUUAAAAAUGUUUGAAAAGAUCAAAUUGAUAUUCUCGAAAAUAUCAAAUUUAUGGGCUGGAAAUAUCAGUGUUACAAUAGUU